GGUCUGGGGCGGGGGGCUGGCGGGCGCCGCGGCUGUGCGCCAUGCAGAAGGGCGAGGGCGGCUACGGCUUCCACCUGCACGGCGAGAAGGGCAAGAGCGGCCAGUUCAUCCGCAAGGUCGAGCCCGACUCCCCCGCCGAGGCGGCCGGGCUGCGCGCCGGGGACCGCGUCGUCGAAGUCAACGGCGCCAACGUGGAGAAGGAGACGCACCACCAGGUGGUGCAACGGAUCAAAGCGGUCGAAACCGAGACCCGCUUGCUGGUGGUGGACAAGGACACGGACGAGUACCUCCGGAGCUUGCGAAUAACCUGCACGGAGGAGAUGGUGCACGCGGGCAUCCCAGCCAACCCUGACGCGUCGCCUGUCAAAUCGCCCGCCAGUGACAACGGAGACGUUUGGAAGCCCCAGGCAGAGCUGAGCAGCCGGAACCUCAAAAGGCACAAACACAGUCUGAGUUCCGACAACGGGAAGAAGGAUUUGAACGGCCAAGCCAAGGAACUGUGUCCACGGCUCUGUCACCUCAAAAAGGGCCCCACCGGCUAUGGGUUCAACCUCCACAGCGAGAAGUCCCGCCCUGGGCAGUUCAUCCGGUCAGUCGACCCAGAUUCGCCAGCAUCGAAAGCGGGACUCAAAGCACAGGAUAAACUCGUGGAGGUCAAUGGGAUCAACGUGGAGGGCAUGAAGCAUUCGGAGGUUGUGGCCCACAUCAAAUCCAAGGAGAGCGAAGCCAAGUUACUGGUGGUGGAUCCCGAGACAGACGAACACUUCAAGAAACUGGGCAUCGUUCCUACCGAGGAACACGUCAGAGGUGGAGUUCCUCUGCCCUUGACCAAUGGGUCAGCACAAACACAGCUGAACGGCGGAUCUGUGUCUUCGUUCCACAGCAAUUGCCAAAGUCCUGAGAAAGAUUCGGAGGUGGGAGAACCUGGCAUAAAGGAUCCUUUCGAAGAGAGCGGCUUGGAUUUGAGUCCAACGGCGGCAGAAGCCAAAGAGAAAGUCCGGGCCAAGCGGGUGAACAAGCGAGCCCCCCAAAUGGACUGGAACAAGAAACGGGAGAUUUUCAGCAACUUCUGAGCCCCCCCUGUUGUCGACCCAGGACUCCCUUCCUUUCUGCCUCCCCCCCUCCAACUGCAGCCACCAGACUUUUGCGACGUGCACGAAUCCUGCUCACCCCUCUCUGGGCAUAGCUUCAGGGCACUCCACGCUCCGCGUUUUCCUCCAUAGGUUUGCAUUGCUUCGUACAAGGCCUUUUUUUUUAAAAAAAUGUCUCUUCUCUUUUUGCAAAAGUGGCUGGGAGAAGGGGGAAGAGACCAGGACUGCUGAGUUCAGCGUUGGUAAACACGAACUUUCAGCUUCGAGAAACAGCAGGAAAGGUGGCGCAAAAA